CAUCAUGAAUUAUAUCGUAAAGUGCCAAAUCUUAGGAUAUUGGCCUGUGGAGGUGAUGGAACCGCUGGUUGGAUACUCUCGGUUCUUGAUGAUAUUGGAUUUAAACCUUCACCUCCGAUUGCUGUACUUCCCCUUGGAACUGGUAAUGAUCUUGCUCGAGCACUUGGUUGGGGUGGAGGUUAUACCGAUGAACCAGUUUCCAAGAUAUUACUUAACAUUAAAGAUGGUGAAGUUGUGCAACUUGACCGUUGGGAUGUUAAGGUUACUCGUAACACUGAAUUAAACCUAAUUGAACGAGCUUCAGAUACGCCUGAGGGUGGUAAAGAAUAUGUGAGAUAUGUGCCUCUUAAUGUGAUUAAUAAUUAUUUUUCCAUUGGUGUUGAUGCUCAUAUUGCCCUUGAAUUUCAUGAAGCUCGUGAAGCUCAUCCAGAGCGUUUCAAUUCUCGCCUUCGGAAUAAAAUAUUUUACGGUCAAGCGGGUGGUAAAGAUUUACUCCAACGUAAAUGGAAAGAUCUGGCCACUUAUAUUACCGUUGAAUGUGAUGGUGUUGACCAUACGCAACGAUUAAGAGACCUGAAAGUCCAUUCACUUUUACUUCUCAAUAUCCCCUGUUACGGAGGUGGUACUCGAACCUGAGGCAGUGCAUCGCCCUCCUUUGAACUACAAAGAACCGAUGAUCAACUGAUUGAAGUAAUUGGCCUUACAACCUAUCAACUGCCUCUUCUUCAAGCUGGUGGCCAUGGAUCGUGUGUAGCUCAAUGUAAAGAGGCCAAAAUAGUUAUACGACGAACGGUUCCUAUGCAAGUAGAUGGUGAACCCUGUCAAUUAUUACCUUCCGUCAUUAGGAAUAAGGUCAAAAAUCAAGCAAAUAUGAUUGCCAAAUCUAAAUCUCAUUCGCAGAUCAUUUCAAUGCCAACUUUGGAUCGAGAGAUAAUCGUUGAUGUAAGCAAGUUAAAUUUAACCGAUUAUGAAACUUUCCAUUAUGAUAAAGACAGACUUCGAGAUGCAUCAAUACCUCUUGGUAAACUUAAUAUUAAUCCCGAUCUCGAAUUGAAUCAUGUUUGUGUUUUAAUCAUUCAAAUGGUCCAAGCUCAACGAAAAGGAUCAACGGCCAGUCAAAAGAUGAAUGAAACACCAGAUUCAGAAGUGAAAAGAUACCGAAUGGAAAGAGCCUUUGAACUGUCAACUGAUUGGUGUUUCGUUGAUUCUUGUACUGCUGAACGAUUUUUUCGCAUCGAUCGAGCCCAAGAGCAUUUACAUUAUGUGGUAGAUAUUUGUAAUGACUUUUUCAUUCUUGAUCCCGCUGAUGACAAUUAUCGUGAUGACAAGUACACAAGUGUACCAAUACGUGGGCACAAUAGUCCAGCGAGCGGUGGCGAGGGAGGUGAUGAGACACCCUUACCAAUAGAUCAAAGCCAAUUGGGUGAUAACAAUAAUACAAUUGUACUUUUCAAACCGCCAAACGCGGGUAAAGAAACGGGUGAUCUAAAUACACCAUCAGAUACAAUUCAAUCAACACUGUCACCUUCACAAUCCUCGUCGUCACCAACAUCAUCAUCAACACAACCACAACCACCAUCAACAACCACAACAACAACAACCACCAGUGCUCUUAAAAAUGAAUCAAACGGAACUGAUGGUAACGGCCAUAAUGCCAAAGAUUUGGCUCUACUUGGAGGUGAUCAAGAUCUUGCUACUUAUUUAGAUCAUAAUCAAUCAUCUAAAAGUAAGAGACCUAGACGUAGUGGUGUUAAAUAUGUACAUGGGUUCUAA